UUCCCAAUCAUCUACUCAGUUUACAAUUGCUUAUUCAGAUAGUUUUGGUUUUAUUUAAAACAACGAAAUUAAUAAUUAGCUAGUAAAAACAAUUAAAUAAUUUAUACACAAUUCUGAAGUAUUUUGCGCAACCGGCGAGUUCUAAUUGGAAAUAUCGCUAAUUUAAGGAGUGCCCCUUGUAAAACCUUCAACAUGGAUGAGGAUAAAAAUGUAGCUGAUUCUCAAGAAAUGCAAAAAGCAAUUCAGAGACGCGAUCUUCUGAAAGGUUCCAUGAAACGCAUACUAGCAUUUGUCCAAAACCCUCCCGCAAACAUAUCCUCGGAACUAAUAAAAACACGUCUCAGUCGUUUGGAAGAUGUAUGGAAGGAAUUUACAGAGAAUACAGAAGCACUAUACCAAUUUAAAAAUGAAAAGGACUAUGUGGAUCCAGAAGAAGAUUAUUAUGAAUAUGAGGAUAUGUAUAUGAAUGCCAAAAGCUUGUUCAAUUCGCUUAUACCCAAACAGACAGAUGAUCAACUGAUUGUGGACAAACAAUCCACUUUGAUUACUCAGCUUUUGGAACGCAUAAGUAAAUUGGAGUCGACAGGCAACAGUAAUGUUCAGCAACCCAGAGAGGAAGAUGAUUUUCCACAAAUUGUAAUUAAGCCAUUCGAUGGCAACUACAAUGAAUGGCCUAUGUUUGAAAACCUUUUUAAUAGUGCCCUAGAUACUAAGCCUGACUGGAAGGAUAUUCAAAAAUUUAAAUAUUUGAAAACUUUAUUGCGUGGAAAUGCUAGCAAUGUCGUACAGAAUAUACCGGUAAACGAUGAGGCCUUCACAGCUGCUUGGAAGAGUCUAAAGGAACAUUUUGAUCGACCUAGACUCGUUGCUAAUUUUCAUAUACAAACUUUUUUGAAUCAUCCAGCUUUGAAAAAUUUCAACUCAAAAGAAAUUCGUUCGAUUUGUGGUGUGGCAGGUGAGGUCAUAAGGGCACUUGAUUCGAUUGGAGAGACGGAGCGUGAUCCAUGGAUUAUUUGGAUAUUGAUGACUAAACUUAAUUCAGACAUUUAUACCAAAUGGAAUGAACACACCAUGAAAGAUCCAAAACCUACGGUUGCCUCAUUCUUAAAUUUCCUGGAUCAAUUCUGUAAUGAACUAGGCAGUAAUGAUGACCAUUAUUACCAGAAGGCAACAGGAACAAAGAAGGAAAAACAUCAUCAACGUUCUUCAAGUGUUCAGUCCAUACAUAGACCUGCACCCGUAAAUUCAAACGGCCAAGCAACUUCCGAUGCACCCUCAACGAAUAAUGGUGCAAUAGCGAGAAAUAGACCCCAACAACGAAGACAAUUCUACAAAAAUAAAUCUAAUCAAUCAAAUCAAGCAGCUGCGCAAAUACUACCGAUGACACCACAAUUUCAGCCGAACUCUGCUCCGGUCUUUAAUCCGUUUAAAAGCUAUCCCAUUUAAGAUAUCUUUGAUGCCUACAAAGCAUUUACAUUUCUUAGUUUUAUUUAUACAAUUUGCAUGUAUAUAAUUUGUCAUAUUUUUUUAUAAUCUGUUAUAAACCCUAAAUAAACCCACAUUGGUCACCAUA